AUGCCCAACUCAGAUGUGAUUCGACGCCGUGCCUUUCGCCGAACAGACGACUACACACCGGGCACGCCGAAAGUGAAACUUGUGGAGGAAGUCCUACCUCCCCUUGGACCUACAUCUGUGCUAAUCAAAGUCCAUGCCGUCGCUCUUAACUAUCGUGAUGCGAAUAUUGCGAAUGGGGGCAAUCCGUGGCCAGUCAUACCAAAUGGGAUACUGUGCAACGAUGCAGCGGGGGAAGUCAUCGCCAUCGGUGACAAAGUCAAAACACUAGCAGUUGGUGAUAGGGCUGGACCUAUUAUCGAUACUGAGAAUAUCUCAGGCCGGGAGGUCAGCCGUUCAUGGUUAGCGGCGGAUGAAGAUGGUGUUAUGGCAGAUCAUAUCGUUUUCGACGAGAAUGUUCUCUGUAAACUCCCAACAUAUCUUGAUUGGAUUGAGGCUGCUACUAUUCCCUGUGCGGGAGUCACUGCUUGGUCAGCCUUGAAGGGAAUGAGUAUUGGGCAAACUGUUUUGAUUCAAGGCACUGGAGGUGUAAGCGUUUUCGCACUUAAACUUGCGAAGGCCGCCGGUCUUCGAAUUAUUUUAACAUCUUCGAGCGACGCGAAACUCAAACAAAUGUCAGACAAAUACCCAGGUAUUCUGACUAUCAACUAUUCCACGAAUCCGGAGUGGGAUCAAGAAGCCAUGAAGCUUACAGGCGGCGAGGGGGUGGACAUUGUUGUAGAGAGAUGUCAAGUCGGAUAUCUGUCGAAGCAGGAUCCUGCCGAUCUGCGAGAGCUGGUUCCAACUAUCAUUGAUCGCAGGAUUAACCUGAGAGGUAUCAACGCCGGCUCAAAGCACGAUAUGGAAGAUUUUUGUGCCGCUCUUUCAGCAGCCCAAACUGGUCUUCAUGAUUUGAUUGACAAGGUCUUCCCAUUUGAGCAGGCUGAUGAUGCUGUUGAGUAUGUUUGGCAGGGUAAACAGAUUGGCAAGAUUGUUCUCCGUCUCUAG